CUAAUGAUAGACGGACAAAAAGAGUUAGCUUCUUCUGUCCUAGCCUUGGUGGACACAGUUAGCAAAUAAUUGAUAUUUGAUACUUGUUGCUGGUGGGAGGUGGGAGGUGGCAGGUCUCCCGUGGGUUUAGUCAAGGUGCGAGAAAGCUGACCCCACACACCACUGUUAUCAAAAAAGAGAGAGUUAGCUUCUUUGGUUGGUAGUAAGAUGAGAUAUCAGAUAUGUUGCCAAGAAAGCUCAAAUUUUGUUAGCUCCAAGAGAAGGAUAAGUUUAAUCUGUUUGAUCAUAUUCAGGGUGUACUAGUGUUGUAAGCCAGUAACGGCUGUUUGGGAUAUUCAUCUAAUUGUGUUAGUCUCACUUGUACUACAACUUUUGACUACUGGGAAGGACCGUUUCUCCCACUUUAGUGUAUCUCGGGAGUUAUGAUUUCAUUUUUGAGUUGUUAGACUCUUCUUUCGUGUUACUUGUUGUCUGGCCCUUGUACCUCAUUCUCCGGCAUCUCAGGCCAUUCUCCAUUUUAAUGUUAACUGGCGAACUCUUUAAACAAGCUUAUUGUGUGUAAAUUAUUUGCUGCAUAUGUCUACGUGAUUCAAGAUGAACUAUUAGGUUGAAUAAAGACAAUGCUUGGAUUGUGGAAAGUUAGGUGCAACAAGUUGCUAUUUUGUUCUGUUUGCUUGCAGACGGACCAGAUACUCCCCUGACAACAGUAUCAGGAAUACUUUCAAAUUGAUAGGUGUUUAGUAUGCCAUUGAUUUUGAAUCCAAUUCUUUUAGAUACUUUAUAUCUAAGAAAUCUACCCAUCUAGAAAGUUGGAGAAGUUCACUACAAAGUUGUUUGUUCCAAAGGGAGUUAGUCUGGCGAAAUCUGCAGCCUCUGGGAUGAUGAAUUUCCUAUGACACUCUUGAUGAUUAUACUGGUUUUGAGGAAUUUCAGGGCUUUAACAAUUUGCUGAUCUAUUCAUGAAGAAUAUGAGGUUGAGAUUUGGGCAAGUUCUUUUGUUCUUUCUGUUUGUAUCAGCUUUGACUUUUUAUGUCAAAGCUGCAUCUGAAGAAGUGAGUGUACAAAGGGUUGUAAAUGCUCCUCUAAGGAAUGCCCGAACCAAUAUAAUUGAUGGUUCUGGUAAAGAAUUUGCUAUUGAUUCUGUCAGUAUGGAUGGAAAAGGUGAAUGGACAGGUGAUAACACCAGAGUGUCUGUUUCAACAGUUGCAUUGUUCACUUUGGCAAUGGCUGCGGCUAGUGGUUUGGGUGCAGUACCAUUUUUCUUUGUGGAGCUGGAUCCUGAAUGGUCGGGAGUAUGCAAUGGAAUGGCGGCUGGAGUGAUGUUAGCAGCGAGCUUUGACCUUAUACAGGAAGGACAGGAUCAUGGAAGUGGUGGAUGGGUUGUGUUUGGUAUUUUGGCUGGUGGAAUCUUCAUAUUGCUUUGUAAGAAGUUUCUCGAACAAUAUGGUGAAGUAAGUAUGCUGGACAUUAAGGGAGCUGAUGCAGCAAAAGUCAUCCUUGUUGUUGGAAUUAUGACACUUCACUCAUUUGGGGAGGGUGCUGGUGUUGGAGUAUCUUUUGCUGGCUCCAAAGGUCUUUCUCAGGGUAUCUUGGUAACUUUGGCUAUUGCCGUGCACAACAUACCUGAGGGUUUAGCUGUGAGCAUGGUUCUUGCAUCAAGAGGAGUUUCUCCGCAGAAGGCCAUGUUAUGGAGUAUAUUAACUUCCUUACCCCAGCCAAUUGUUGCAGUACCAUCAUUUAUCUGUGCCGAUGCAUUUCACAAAUUUCUGCCAUUUGCUACUGGCUUUGCUGCUGGGUGUAUGAUUUGGAUAGUUGUUGCUGAGGUCCUUCCGGAUGGAUUCAAGGAAGCGUCACCAUCUCAUGUUGCAUCAGCUGCUACUCUUUCAGUUGCAUUUAUGGAAGCUCUUAGUGCUGUGUUCCAGAGUUUUGGCCACAACUACAAUUCGGAGGAUGCUUCUGCCUUCCUUGUUUCGCUACUUUUCGGAUUUGGUCCACUGCUUGGCGGCAUAUCUCUUGUUGCAUUUGCUCUUGCUUUCCGUCUUCAGCAUGCUCUCCUAACCGGUGUAGCCUGCGGCACGGCCUUCGUCCUUGGUGUAUGGCGCCCAUUGCAGCUAGUCUUAUCAUCAAAGAUGGAGUUUAUCCCCCUCUUCUCUCUCCUUGCAACAGGAUUUUCACUUUCCCAAUUUUCAACAGCUAGUGUCAUUAAAAUUGGAAGUCGCAAGAGGACUUCAGCAGAUACUUUGUCUUCUGUAACAGGAUUGCCAGUGAGUGCUCUCACCCUUCAGUCAAUAUUGUGCUGUGCUGCAGUUGCCGUCCAUGCACUAUCAGAGGGGCUCGCUUUGGGUGUUGCUGCACCGAAAGCUUAUGGACUUGGUCGGCACAUGGUUCUUCCUGUCUCACUUCACGGGCUCCCACGUGGUGCUGCUGUUGCUAGCUGCAUUUAUGGAGCAACUGACAGCUGGCAUGCGUCCCUUUUAGCUGCUGCACUUAUUGGCUUCAUGGGUCCUUCAUCUGCAAUCGGAGCAAUACUUGCAGGUAUUGACUACAGUGGUUUGGACCACAUUAUGAUGUUUGCAUGUGGAGGAUUACUUCCUUGUUUCGGGAGCACUUUCAAGAGGGCAAUGAGCCUCCAAAAGCAGACGAGCAUAACAGGACUGAUAAUAGGCGUUUUGUUUGCGAGUAUUUGUCUAGCAUUUACAAAGUUGGUUUGCUUGCAUACACCUUACUGCAACUCUGCACCAGAAGCUGUUAGGUGAUGAAAGUUGAAUAAAUGAUAGUUUUUUGGAUCAAUAUCUCGUGUUAACUCAGUUCGCGCACGCCUUGUUGGCGUCAAACUUAGUGAAAACUGUUGAGCUGUGAUUUUUGCAGCAAAACAAGCAUAGGAAGCUCAGGGAAAAUAUGGAAUUGUCUAUUGUACAUUAGUUUAAGACUUUGUUUAGUUGGAAAUGAAAUGUUCAUUUCUAACCAGUACAGAUUGGUGAGCCCUUUAACAUUAAUUUUGAACAAUAUCCAGAAGUAUAGUCUCGAAGAUUGAAAGGCAUCAUCUGCAUAUUAUGUAUUAUUAUAAAAAUGUAAGUUUAUAGAAUGAUUUUUUUGCACUUUUAAACUGCAGUAUAGUUCUUUUAA